AAGAUGUGUGAUGACGAAGAGACCACCGCCCUGGUGUGCGACAAUGGCUCAGGUUUGGUGAAAGCAGGCUUCGCGGGUGACGAUGCCCCUCGAGCCGUCUUCCCUUCCAUUGUAGGCCGCCCUAGGCACCAGGGUGUUAUGGUUGGUAUGGGCCAGAAAGACUCCUAUGUGGGUGAUGAAGCACAGAGCAAGAGAGGUAUUCUGACUUUGAAAUACCCCAUUGAACACGGAAUAAUUACUAAUUGGGAUGACAUGGAAAAAAUCUGGCACCAUACUUUCUAUAAUGAACUGCGUGUUGCCCCUGAAGAACAUCCCACCCUGCUGACAGAAGCUCCUCUGAAUCCCAAAGCCAACCGUGAGAAGAUGACCCAAAUUAUGUUUGAGACCUUCAAUGUGCCUGCCAUGUAUGUGGCAAUCCAAGCUGUUCUCUCCCUCUAUGCUUCUGGACGUACUACAGGUAUUGUCCUUGAUUCAGGGGAUGGAGUCACACACAAUGUCCCUAUCUAUGAAGGUUAUGCUCUUCCCCAUGCUAUUAUGCGUCUGGAUCUGGCUGGCAGGGAUCUGACUGACUACCUCAUGAAGAUUCUGACAGAACGUGGUUAUUCCUUUGUAACAACAGCUGAACGUGAGAUUGUCCGUGACAUUAAGGAGAAAUUAUGCUAUGUUGCUCUGGACUUUGAGAAUGAAAUGGCUACAGCAGCCUCUUCCUCUUCUCUAGAGAAAAGUUAUGAGUUGCCUGAUGGGCAGGUCAUCACAAUUGGGAAUGAGCGUUUCCGCUGUCCAGAAACCCUUUUCCAGCCAUCUUUUAUUGGUAUGGAAUCUGCUGGCAUUCAUGAAACUACCUAUAACAGCAUAAUGAAGUGUGAUAUUGACAUCCGUAAAGAUCUGUAUGCCAACAACGUACUCUCUGGUGGUACUACUAUGUACCCUGGCAUUGCUGAUCGUAUGCAGAAAGAAAUCACUGCUUUGGCUCCCAGCACAAUGAAAAUUAAGAUCAUUGCCCCCCCUGAGCGAAAGUACUCGGUCUGGAUUGGAGGCUCUAUCUUGGCAUCUCUUUCAACCUUCCAGCAGAUGUGGAUCAGCAAACAGGAGUACGAUGAGGCUGGUCCAUCCAUUGUCCACCGCAAGUGUUUCUAA